UUUUGUUUCUUCUCACCCAGGAAAGCCAACAAUAUGGAGGCACCUCCAGUCACCAUGAUGCCAGUAACAGGUGGCACUAUUAAUAUGAUGGAGUACUUAUUGCAAGGAAGUGUUUUGGAUCACAGUCUGGAGAGCCUCGUUCACCGACUUCGGGGUCUGUGUGACAACAUGGAACCUGAGACUUUUCUCGACCAUGAAAUGGUGUUCCUCUUAAAGGGGCAACAAGCUAGCCCUUUUGUUUUAAGGGCUCGAAGAUCAAUGGACAAGACUGGGGCACCCUGGCAUCUGCGCUACCUGGGACAACCUGAGAUGGGGGACAAGAACCGCCAUGCCCUAGUACGUAACUGUGUAGACAUUGCCACAUCAGAGAACCUGACUGAUUUCUUGAUGGAGAUGGGCUUCCGAAUGGACCAUGAGUUUGUUGCCAAGGGCCACUUGUUUCGAAAAGGUAUCAUGAAAAUCAUGGUAUACAAGAUUUUCCGAAUCCUGAUUCCAGGAAACACAGAUAGCACUGAGGCCCUGUCCCUCUCCUAUCUUGUGGAGUUAAGUGUUGUGGCACCAGCAGGACAGGACAUGGUCUCUGAUGACAUGAGAAAUUUUGCUGAACAACUAAAGCCUUUGGUUCACUUGGAGAAGAUAGACCCCAAAAGGCUAAUGUGACAGAAAGUGACUGCCUGACGUUGGGGUCUGUUCUUUUGCUUUAUAUCUAAAUAAAUACCCUUGAGCAACAAAAGUUGGACUUUUUCACUUUACGAAUAAGAUUUCCAGGAACUUACCUGAGCUCUGGACCUCAAAUCUCCUUUUGUGGAGAUAUCAGCAUGGUUUGCUUCUGUCUCUUUGUAAUGAAAAGUCCAGUUAAUUUGUGCCAUUCAGUUAACUCAUUUGUUGGGCUAUAUUGGCAAUGUCAUUUUUAAAUAUUAAA